UUCCACAUACAAAAGCACAAGAGAGAGAGAAAGAGAAAGAGAGAGAAAGAAGUCUUCUAUGUCAAGAUCUAGGGUUUGCAUUCCCAUACCCAUAGACUACUGUAUAGAGCUCUAGCUAUGUCUUUCUCCAAGCCAACUCUGUAUUGAGGGAGCAAAGAAAGGAGAAAUAGCACCAAAGAUGGAGGAAAGUGGUGGCUCUGAGUGUUCAAAGAUGAGCCCUUCCAACCCAAAUGAAGACGGAAGCGAAAGCGGGGAGAAUGAUGAUGAUUAUAAACCGAAAAAUGGAGGGAGCUCGAGCAAUAGCACGGUGGAAGAGAGCGAGAAGAAAUCAUCAUCAGUGAGGCCUUAUGUUAGAUCCAAGAUGCCUAGGCUCCGGUGGACGCCUGAUCUUCAUCUUCGUUUUAUUCAUGCUGUUGAAAGACUUGGUGGUCAAGAUAGAGCCACACCAAAGAUGGUUCUUCAGCUUAUGAACAUCAAAGGACUAAGUAUUGCUCAUGUCAAGAGCCAUUUACAGAUGUAUAGAAGCAAGAAGGUGGAUGAUCCGGGUCAAGUUUUAGCCGAUCAUAGGCAUCUUGUGGAAAGUGGAGAUCGCAAUAUUUAUAACCUCAGCCAACUUCCAAUGCUUCAAGGAUACAAUCCAAGCCACAAUUCCAAUUUCCGAUAUGGACAUGGAGAUUCUUCUUGGAGUAAAGCUUAUGAAAACUUGAUGAGUUGUAGGGGUCGUAGCUCAACCAAUAACUAUGGUGCUGGAUUUUAUGGUACAGUGAGUGAGAAGAUCUUUGGCAGCAACUAUAACAGUUGGACUAAUUACAAUUUCCAUAGGAGAGCUUCAACUUUUGGUGAACAAUCAGGUUGGAGAACCCAUGAACUCAAAGAUGGUUUCCAGUCAUUUCAUCACAACCAUGAAUCCUUGCACAAUCAACCAAGAUUGACUCCUAUUGAUCUUAACCCGGUAACCCAUCUAAAAGCAGAAGUACUACUACAAGAGCAUAGAAGUUCUAGUAAUAGCAAUGUCCCUUCAGAAUUCAACAAAACAAGUAAUCUACAAGAGUGGAAGACCUUGAAAAGGAAAGCCUCAGAUUGCAACCUCGAUUUGGAUCUAUCUCUUAGGCUAACGUCGUCGAGGAAUGAUGACAACCAUAGAAGAAGCUUGGUGGACCACAAAGUUGAUCAUAGUAAUCUGUCUCUGUCUUUGUGUUCUCAAUCAUCAUCAAGUCUUUCUAGCUUGAAGGACGGACGUGUUGAUGGUAAUAAAGAGCAAGCUAAAUGCGCAAGUACUCUGGAUCUGACUAUAUGAAUGCGACAAUUCUAAGUGAGAUCUUGAGGUACUUGUUCCAAAUAAUUCAAUUUAUGAUUGUCUUGUACUAUCGUAUAAAAUUUUAGUCGCCUCCACUUAAUUUUUACUUUCUUUUAUCGCUAGCUCAAUCUGCGUAUCAAUGAAAUAUAUCAACAGAUGUCCCAUAUAUAUUACAAUGCUUUGUUUUGCUACAUGGGUACUUGAAAGAUUAAA